AUGCACGUCCAUACUUCUAUACCUUGGCCAGAACAUGCAGAGCCUCCAUCGAAGGAAGGGAGAGGCAGGAAGAAGUCCAGGUCCCCGUCACCCUCACGCUCUGAAUCGCCGCGCUUGAAGCCAACGAGAAGCACAGGACCGGCGCUACUGUCGACUUCGGCGGGCCCAUUGUCAAGCGUUACACCAAAUCACCUUCCGCCUCCGCCCACGGUGGAGCAGCUGCAGUCCGCAGUUCUGAGACCUGUGCAGCCUCGCCCAAAGCCGUACAGCAUUGUGACAGCACAGACGCUGCCGCUACCCGUAGAACCAGAAAAGACAGCAACGCGUGAGCGGAGUAAGAGCCCUGAGAGGGGGAUGUAUCCGUGCCAUUGCGUGCCAAUGAUCUACUGCAUGCCCAGCUGUCCCUACCCCUACCACCAACCGAGAUCGUCACGGGCUGACAGACGCAUGCAAAGGCUGCUGGAUAUUUGCGAGGGGGAACGAUCAUAUUCACUGCCCAAGCCAAGAGGACAGAGGGACGGGAGACCGCGUCAACACCCAUCCGAUCAGACAAGGCGUUCAGUUCUUCCAAACCUUACAAUUGACCAUCCACGCGAAACAACGCCGUUGAAAACUACUAUCAAAACCUCUCCACCGCCUCAGCAGCCCUUGCACUCACAAGGCCUUUUCGGGAUGAGAAAAGGGACUCCGGUGUCUAGGCAUUCGCACGAUGAAGAGCUCUCCACUUGGGCUCGUCGAAACGUUGCCGACGGCGAGGGUGGAGGGGAUUUCAAAGGAGGCAGGCCACCAAGCCGACGUGGACCUCCACUGUUUCACCCACCACUCCUAAGAGGAAGCUCAACGCUAUCAAAUCCGAAUCGUGGUAACCCGGCGCCCAAGUUAGGGCCCAAACCCACUAUUCAAUGGCCACCACGUAUUCGGCCGGGCGGGUCGGAUAAGCCAACCAGUCCGCCAAUAAUCGAAUUCGGUGGGGCCAAGCGGAUCAGCGAAUCGAGCGACGAUCGCGGUGGUGGAGGAGCGUCACAAGUCGAGGGCUCCUACGAAGUGAUUUGGGACUACUUUAGUGAAAACGGUGGAGAGACCGAUGAGGAAGGGGAAGAUCGAGAAGUAGAGGUAGGAGAGGAAGGGAAAAGUGUGCCACCACAGUUUGGGCAGCUUGCAUCGUUAUGGGUAUCAUCAUAG